AACUCACAUUAUUUUUUGGCUGCAGAAUUUUGUUAUUGUCUCUGCGACACAUGGUCACGUGAUUAGAGCUGCCCGCCAUCUUGCUCCUCCAAGAUGGCCGCCCCCAGCAUGUCAUCCUGUUCCUGCCAUCCUGGGUUAGGGUAUGCGGAGAGAGUCUGAGAAGCUGUGUGUGGCAUCUGGAGAGGGUCAGGCUGCCCCCCGUGCUGAGCUUGAUUCAGGGCUCUACAUAGAUCACCAUAGGAAAAAAAUAUUAUUUUACAUCUCGUGGCAUACCACAGAGGUCCAGGGCCAGCGUAGACAAAUUCUUGGUUUGGGAAGACCACCUUUGGCAUACCAAGGUAUGGCACCAUCAUCCACUUGGAAUGCAAUUCCAGUUCUCUCAUUGAAAGAAGAAAAGGAACUUAAGGAAGAAGACUCAGAGAAUGGACCUCCUUUAACAUUGUUUUAUGCUGCCCCCAUUCUAGACAAAAAACAAACCUCCCGCCUUUCCCAGAUCCUUACUGUUAACAGACCCUUUCCAGAUAUCCUACGCCAUUUAAAGAGGGUGAGAUCCUGUUCUUCUCGCCUUGAUAUCUUGCUUUUUCCAUCCAAAGACAAUGAGCUUUUGUCCAUCACAUUAAAUGACGGAGAUCCUGCCAUAUCCAAACAAGUUUUUUGUUGUGACGGUGACAUUAGAGAAUCUAAAAAUGUAGCAGAACACAAAGAUUUUGUACAAGCACCAUCAAUGGCAGCAUUUUUUAAAGAUACCAGCGCUGACUUGACUGGCUUGGGUAAACCUUUCUUAGUGUCCGUUCCCUCCAAGGCACCAAAAAGUCAAAAGGAUCAGCAGGCUUGGGCUGUCUACUGGCCUACUACUUUUCAUUCAAAGCAACAUGGGGUAAAUGUGGAAGAAAACAGUGGGUCGGAAUUUAUGUCGGAGGAGGAAAAAGCAAGGAUUGGAAGUAAUAUGUGCAGAGCCCUGAAAGCUGCACAACAGAGCCAGGCCAAUGGUGUAUGUGGCUUAGGGGCAGCAAUCGUCAAUCCAGAAACUGGUGAGGUUUUGGCAUUAACCAGUGAUCAGACUGAGAAGACAGGAAAGCCAUUCCUCCAUGCAUGUAUGGUUGCAAUAGAUCAAGUAGCCAGAAGGCAAGGUGGAGGUGCAUACCCCAAUUUAUUCCUUGAGAACAAGGAGUGCAAUGUGGGAGAGGAACCUUUAAAUGAAAUGAGAAACACAAUAGGGGCAGAUCAAAAGAAUUUUGAAAAAGGGAAACAAAGCAUGUGGAAAUAUGCAACGGUAGAUGAGCAUGAGAAACGGAAGAGAAUGGAGGAACAGGCGCCCUACUUAUGCACGGGCUAUGAGGUUUAUGUUACACAAGAGCCGUGUGUUAUGUGUGCUAUGGCUCUUCUCCACUCACGUGUGUCCCGUGUUUACUAUGGCUGCAACUCCCCUGGAGGUGCUUUAGGAACCAGUUAUCGACUUCACUGCAACACUGGCUUGAAUCAUCGGUUUUUAGUGUACCGAGGAGUCAUGGAAGAUGAGUGCCAAAAACUUUUGAAUUAAAAUACAUUGCUACCAUCAAUUAAUUCCACUUCAUCAAUACAUUGGCCCUAUGCCACUGUUUUUUUUUUAUUAUUAUUGUUUUUAAAUUUGGUUUUAUUACUACAUCUACAAAUUUUAUUUAUAUUUUAGACUAUGGUUGGUUGUUUGGUGCCUGGACCGUGUUUGGAUAUGGAUUGGAUCUGUGUUUGGAUAUGGAUGGUAAAAGGCAAUUAAAACUUUUUUCUGGGAUUAGAAUCAAAUGAUUUAUUCAUUCACAUAAUUACUAAUACAUUUUGUGCAUAAAGAGAAUGAUGAUUCUGUAUUUAACCUGCGGAUACUAACGUGCAUUUAUAAAAGUGAGAAAAAAAUAUUUCUUCUGCAUGCCUUCCAUGAAGGGUAGAUGAGGGGACUAGCUUUUCACUCCAUUAUGGCAGAGAUACAUUGCGAAAAACUCCCAACUACAGAAGAAUUUAGAAUUGACCUUCCCCAAUACCACUGACAGAAUAUUGUAUCUACCUCCUGUAUGCCACAUAAUGAACAUAAAAAGUAUUAAAUGGAGAAUUAAAUCAA